AAACAGUUUUGGGAAAAAGCAACCCAAUAAGUGGCGUAGCUUCAAGGAAGAAAUAAUAUAUGUAUUAGCGAAAGCGUAGGCCUAUAGAUUUGUAAAAAUUCGACGUGAAGAAAAUCAUCAAUCCAAAUGGCGUCACUUGCCAAUUACUACAUUUGGAAUAGACUAUUGUCAUUGAGUUAUCUGAGACCAGGUAUUCGGCUUGUGCACCUUGUAGUCCUAUUCGUGUGUUUUGUCACGUUUUUUUUAUUUUUGAUCGUGUUUUUUAACUGGAAAGUCGUUUCCGUUUGGUCAAGUGAACGGUUCAACACUCGAGUUCAGCAGAAAGUAUCGAUUGAUACAAAAGUUGAUCACAGUCAAUGUUGUGUGUCUCCCGGUAGUUCGAAAGAUAUUUGCGGCCAAUCCAAUUGCACUUUUCCAUCGUGUCCAGCCGCAUCUCCUCAGACUUUAAAUCAGUUGAAGCCCAACAGACACAACGCAUUUUUCCUGGAGACAUCCGGCAACGGCAAAUUUCUGAACAUCCGCCAGGCCUGUGCCGUCGAGUCACUGGCCUUUCACAAUCCAAAUUUGACCGUCAACGUCCUUUUCAUGAUGGACAACACAUCAACACACAGCAAUGGAAUCAAUCGAAGCAAAGUGCUGCCAGCCGAAACUAAUCUCGAAAAAUUAAAGGAGAAAUACACCAACAUUGAGUUCAUAACUCUCAAUUUGGACGACUACGUUGCCGGGACUCUGCUGGAGAAAUGGUAUCACUGCAACGACUGGAGGAAAGGGCCGUAUCACGUCGCCCAUCUUAGCGAUGGACUCCGUCUUUUGACACUGCACAAAUACGGCGGAUAUUAUUUCGACCUGGAUAUCAUCUUUGUAAGACGAGUCACUUACUACCAUAACUUUGUUUCUGCGGAAGCGAGUAAUGGUUUGUGCAACAACGCCAUUCAUGUUGACUAUGGGCAUCCAGUUAUACAAUUGGCUGUUAGAGAUUUCCCCUUACAUUACAGGAAAGAAGCCUGGACACACAACGGGCCCGAUUUGUUGAUGCGAGUCAUGAAGACAUUUUGUGGGGAGGAGAACCUCAGCAAGAUGUAUUAUAUCACUUGCCGAGGGUUCAGCGUCUUACCCAUGCUGGCGUUCAAUUCCUUACAUUACAGCAGAUGGAAAGACCUAUUCAGUCAAAGGCCAACCAAUGAGACUCGAGCACCGAGUUGGAUCAGCAAAGAAAUCGUCGGUGUCCACAUUUGGAACAAGCUCAGCUAUAAUGAAACGGCGUACAAGAAUUCGACACAGGAAUACGUCCGACUGGUCAGGGACAAUUGUCCCGUCACCUUCUCCAUUGCACCCGAAACUUUUUAAUUUAAUUAUAAUACUUUUGCUGGUCUGAUGUCUUAUGCCUGUUUACUACUACUCCCACAGAAAUAUGUCCAAUUUCAAUAGUGGACAAUAUUAUAAUAUACCCCCAUUAUUAUAUUAUACCCCCCUCUUUUCUUAACUCUACCUUUUAACAUCACUAACUAUUUUACCGCGAUGCGGCAGACGGUUAAGCAACCCUUUUACCUGACGCUAAAUGAAUAGAAAAUAAGGCUGAUAGACAGAUUCUAUUAAUUGCCACUAUUCUGUCACGCCACCAUUUAAUUCUAGAACUCUUGCUAAUCAAGCGUUCGUAAAUUUCAUUUUGCGUUCCGUAAAAGGGUUGCUUAACCGUAUCCCGUUUCAUUACGCUUGACACCCUAUGUAGACCCAUUCCUUUGUUCGACAAGCAGACGGUUCUCGAACAAAGGAUUGGGCCUACACUGAGUGUCAAGCGUAAUAACAAUCUUAGUUCUGCUAUCGGCCGCUGUGGUGCGCAUCGGCGUAAACUGCGCACGAUUUUUUGCUCGACUACUACUUUUUCAUUGGAAUAAC